GUGGACGCUAGCAGGGGCCGCCGGGCUCGGCACCUGGCCGGGUAGAAACGAGAUGGGUGCAACUGCCAGCAGGACGUGAGCCCGGGCUGCGGUGAGGACGGAGCUGCGGGAUUCAUGUGGAGGGCAGCCCUGUGGAUGGCCCCGAAGCAAGCCUGAUGGAACAGGACAGAAGCAGCCAUGUGGUGGGCAGCACACUCGGUCCUUUCCUGAUUCCAGCGCCAACUCCUGCCUGCCAGCUCGAGCCCCUGGCAGCCAAGCUGCAGAACGGAAGCCCAGUCCCUGAGCGGCCUCACCCCGAGCUGAACGGGGAUACCAGGUGGCAGGCCCUCAAGAGCUGGUCCGGGGUCCCCCCAAGCAGCCGUGCCAGUCCUGACUUCCUCCAUGAGGGCCGAGGCUUUUCCAGCUGUCUAGAAAAUGGGGGCAUAAAGCGCACAGUCAGUGAACCAUCUCUCUCUGGGCUCCAUGAGAACAAGAAGCUGAGACAAGACCAAAAGGCCAACGGAGAAGGAAAGAACCUCGAGGAAAGCCAGGAAAGAGAUCCUUCUAGCAGCCAACCUCGUGCCUCUGAUGAGAGUGAGAACAAAGAAUCCGUGAGCUCCAGAGCCCAAGAAAAUACAGCUGAAGACCUCACCACUUUUCUAAUGCCAGACUACAACAGGUUGGAAAACCAAGCGCAUCCAGUUCUGAGUGAACAGGAGCAGAAAGAUGACACAUACCAAGACGAAAACAUUGCAUUACUUCUGAAGAACAAGGCAGUGCUCAUGCCUAAUGGUGCUACAGAUUCUGCCUCUUCCCUGGAAAAUGCAUGCAGUGAAUUCCUGGAAAAACCACCAUCGCGGUGUGAUCCAGGUUGUGUUUCCACUGCAGUGCACAAGACCACAUCUCACAGCCAUGCCAUCGACGGCCAGGCUUCUCCCCAGCCGUCCUGUGAGGUCACUCCCCCGUCGCAUACCUCAGGGCAGAUCAAGGGCCCACAGCUCUCGGGCUCUGAGCUGCCCCCAGAGCCAGCUGCGGUGGGGACCGAGGCCUGCGACACAGGUCAUGCCAGGCCACCAGCUGCAGUGCCCGGUACCUGUCCCCUCCAGAGGCUGGCACAACUGCGGCCACAAGAGCCGGCACUGGAGAUGUGCCCAUGUCCUGUGCAGACUGGUGACACACACAUGAACGCGGUGCCGGCGUCUGUGAAGGGGCUGUGUGCAGGGCCGAGCAGCUUGCAGGCUGCUGGCAGCAGCUCCAAACAGUAUUCACAGCAAAAUGAAACGAAUGGUGCUUACUUCAAGCAGAGCUCAGUGUUCCCUAAGGAUUCUUUCUCUGCUACUACCACACCACGUCCGCCACAGUUGCUUCCUCCCCGUCCUCUGUCUCUUCCCUCUUGUCCCAUAGGAAAGGCCGCUCUGCCAGAUGCAGCUGCAGGAGAUCACAAGCAGUCCUCCAACCAAAGCAUUGUAACUCUCCUACGGGAAGUGAAAACAGAGGCCCAACCCGAGGCUCCACCACCCCAGAGUCCCAGUUCAUCGCUGUAUGCGUCCUGCCCCAGCCUGAGGCUUGCACAAGGACCUCAGAGUAAUGGUGUCCAUCAGAGCAGCACAGCCACACUGGGGCCUGUGCUCCUGUGUGCUGAGAAAGCACGGCCAGCCCCAGACCACCUAGACCAUCUCAAACACAGCCAUUCCAUCCUUGCUCCUGGGAGAGAGGCGCAGGACCCCUGCCCACCACUGCUAGGACACAAAGAGACAGAGAGUCUGAAGAACCAAGACCAGCAACAGAUUCAAGGUCUUGCACUCCCAACUCAGCCCUAUGUGAAACCAGGAUGGAUCGAGUUGAAAGCCCCUCAUUUUCGUCAAGCCGAAUCUCAUCCAAAAGGCAAGGAGCCCUCACUGUGCUCCAUGCUUCAGCAUCAGCCCACACCUGCUAUGCAAACACCCUCCAGACCAUACACUGGAAGCUCUGUGCCUGGGGGGCUCUCAAGGCUGGCUUAUGCCCCCUCACAGGCCGUGCCAGUACAGCACAAGUCCCAGAUGUUCCACGGAGACUUGAGUCAUGGGCAGCAGCGAGGUAUGGUGGACCAGCAUCUCCAUUUUCCCCAGCUUUCUAGCCAGAGCUGCACCUCCAAGACAGACGCCCUGCCUGCAGCCUGCACACAGGCACUGUGCACCCCUCAAUAUUUCCAGCAAGUUGCAGAUCCCCGAGCUGAGAGACUACAAUCCCCAUUGUUAAAACAGCACUUGAAUAUACGGGCUUCAGAGCCGGAGCCAUUUUUACACUCGCACCUUUUGCAGCACAAGCCCUCUAAGCAGGCAGCACAAACGCAACCACCCCAAACCCCACCAUUUCCUCAAAACCAGCAGCAGCCACAGCAAUUACAGAUGAAGAAUAAAGAACAAAUGCCUCAGACUUGUCCUCAUCCCCCAAGUAACAAUGUUCAGCACGGAAAGGGAUCAUUCUUUGGCCGUGUUAAAGUGGAAGAACACCUCAGUGGGGAAAAUCAGUGUUCAAAAGCAAAUGAGUUCCAAACUCAGAACACCCAAGCAGGACUGGAGCAAGGACAAAAUGUGAGUAGCAGAAAUUCCCCAUAUGAGCAAGUCUUGAAAUCAAGUCCAAGCAAAACCCAGAUUUCCUGUUCCAACAGUACACACUUAGUGCCAGUGAAUAAACAAACUAUCGGUUCUGAAUUCUUUGCAGUACAUAAGACCCAACACUUGCAUCCCAUGCAAUAUUUUCUAAACAAUGUGACUCCGGGUAAAGGUAUUCUGCGCAGGUGCUUUCAAGAACAAGAGCAGAAGCAGCCUCACGCUCUAGCUCUCCAGGGACAUAUAAGCAGAAACCAAGACCUGUCCGCACGGCAGGCUGCACAGCUAGUGCAGCAGAGAUACUUGAUGCAGAGCCAAGCCAAGGCUUUUCCUGCACCUGAGCAGGCACAAAAUCCCACACAGACCCCUCCCCAGAAGGACAUUCACAAGCACGCAGCCCUAAGGUGGCACCUCUUGCACAGGCAAGAGCAGCAGCAAGCAAAGCAGGCCCAGGCGGAGUCUUGCCAGGGCCAGAUGAACAAGCCAAUUAAGCUAGAGCCUGGGUCCAAGCCCCCUGCCUGCAUGCGCCCUGUGUCUCUGCAGCAAGACCCCAAAGUGUGGAAGAAGCCAACCAAGCAAGAGGCCCCUGCCACAAGUGGUGACCACGCACAGCCGAAGAGCAUCCUUGACACCAUGGAGCAGCAGCUGAAGCAGUUUCAGGUCAAAUCCUUGUUUGACCAUAAGGCUCUUGCCCUCAAGUCACAGAAACAAAUAAAAGUUGAGACAUCAGGGCCCCUCCCGGUGCUGUCGAGACAAGCCAGCUCUGCAGAACUCGAUGGCCAGGCCCCAGCAGUCGAGCCACAAGCAACUCCUUCAGAAAAGACACCCACCAAAAGAACAGCUGGCUCUGUUCUCAAUACUUUUUUAGAGUCAACUUCCAAUUUGCUAGAUGCCCCUAUAAAGAAUUUUUUGGAUGCAACUAUCAAAACUCAGUAUGAUUUCCCAUCAUGCCGGUGUGUAGAGCAAAUUAUUGAAAAAGAUGAAGGUCCUUUUUAUACCCAUCUAGGAGCAGGUCCUAAUGUGGCAGCUAUUAGAGAAAUCAUGGAAGAAAGGCUUGGAGAGAAGGGCAAAGCUAUUAGGAUUGAAAGAGUCAUCUAUACUGGUAAAGAAGGCAAAAGUUCUCAGGGAUGUCCUAUUGCUAAAUGGGUGAUCCGCAGGAGCUCGCCGGAGGAGAAGCUGCUGUGUCUGGUGCGGAAGCGCGCAGGUCACGUGUGCUCGGCGGCCGUGAUUGUGGUGCUGAUCCUGCUGUGGGAGGGGAUCCCUAGGAACAUAUCCGACCGGCUCUACGGCGACCUCAAGGAGAUCCUGCGCAAGCGUGGCACACUCACCAACCGGCGCUGUGCGCUCAACGAGGAGAGAACAUGUGCCUGCCAGGGGCUGGAUCCAGACACCUGUGGUGCCUCCUUCUCUUUCGGCUGUUCGUGGAGCAUGUACUACAAUGGGUGUAAGUUUGCCAGAAGCAAGGUCCCAAGGAAGUUUAAAUUGGCUGGAGAUGACGCAAAAGAGGAAGAGAAAUUGGAGUCUCACUUGCAAAACUUGGCCACAUUUAUCGCACCGAUAUACAAGAAACUUGCCCCUGAUGCUUACAAUAAUCAGGUGGAAUAUGAGCACAGAGCCCCCGAGUGUCGGCUGGGGCUAAAGGAGGGCCGCCCAUUCUCAGGGGUCACCGCAUGCUUGGACUUCUGCGCCCAUGCCCACAGGGACCUGCACAACAUGCACAAUGGCAGCACACUGGUGUGCACGCUCACAAGAGAAGACAAUCGAGACAUGGGAAGCACACCCGAGGAUGAGCAGCUGCACGUGCUGCCUCUGUACAAGAUUGCCGACGAGGACGAGUUCGGGAGUGUGGAGGCUCAGGAGGAGAAGAAGCGAAGUGGCGCCAUUCAGGUGCUGACCUCCUUCCGGCGGAAGGUCAGAAUGUUGGCAGAGCCAGCCAAGACCUGCAGACAGAGGAAGCUAGAGGCCAGGAAAGCGGCCGCUGAGAAGCUGUCCUCACUGGAGAACAGUGCCAAGAGCGAGAAGGAGAAGGUGGCUGCUGUGCUGCGGACAAAGCAGGCAGAGACUGCAGGCCAGGCCAAGGAGCUGACGGAACUUCUGCGACUUUCAGGACCAGCCACACAGCAGCCCCUGAUGCAAAGGCAGCAGCCACAGCCACAGCCACAGUCGCAGCCGCAGACACCCCAGCCGCAGCCGCAGCUGCAGCCGCAGCCGCAGACACCCGAACCGCCACAGCACAGCUUGUCCGGGAAGCCCCAGCCUGAGGCCAUUGGUGCCUACUCCUCCUCAGCAGCACCCGGCCUGUACAUGAAACGACCCAACCCAGUUAGUCCUUACCCAAGCUCUUCCCACGGUGCAGAUGUAUACAGAGGUGCCAGCCCUGGGGACUUCUAUUCCCCCUCUUCCCACGCUUCGGGUUCAUAUUUGAGUUCUCCUAAUCCUGUGAGCCCCUACCCUGGGCUCUUAAAUCAGAAUAACCAAUACCCUUCCUACCCGUGCAACGGGACUGCAUCCGUGGACAACUGCGCCCCUUACCUGGGCUCCUACUCUUCCCAGCCUCAGCCCAUUCUGUACAGGUACCCGAGCCAAGACCAUCUUGCAAAGCUUAACCUCCCACCAAUCCAUAGCCUCUACCAGCAAAGGUUUGAAGACACCCAGAGUUUCCCCUCCAAGUACUUGGGCUACGGAACCCCGCCCAUGCAGGGCGUCCACUGUGUAGGGUCCUUUCCUCCCUACGUAGCCCGCGAGAUGGACCGCCACUGCGUGGGCGCAGCUUCCGGGUGUCCAUCCAGUCUGGGGCAUCCCAACGAAAACAGUAAGAACAGCAUACCCAACCCACCUGGACCCCUGGUCCCUAACCACAGCGCAGCCACAGGCAGCAUCAGUAGCUCCCUGCACGCCCUGCACCUGCAGAGCAAGGAAAAUGCUGGGCUUCCCCACACGGCCAACGGGCUGCCCAGGGUGCCCCCGGGAUGCCCCCCGGACAGGCCCCUGUCCGUGCAGGGACUGCUGUACCAGCUCAGUGAAGCCAACGGUCAGGAAAAGCAGGCUGCGGUACCUUCUCAGGAGGUGCCUCAGGCAACCGAGGACGACGAGGUGUGGUCGGACAGUGAGCAGAGCUUCCUAGACCCCGACAUCGGAGGCGUGGCCGUGGCCCCCACGCAUGGUUCCAUCCUUAUCGAGUGUGCCAAGCGCGAGCUACACGCCACCACGCCCUUGAACGACCCUGACAGAACCGACCCCAGCAGGGUCUCGCUUGUCUUCUACCAGCACAAGAGCAUGAACGAGCCCAAGCAUGGCCUGGCACUGUGGGAGGCCAAAAUGGCAGAGAAGGCCCGGGAGAAGGAGGAGGAGUGUGAAAAGUACGGGCCAGACUACGUGGCCCAGAAAGCCCACAGCAAGAAGGUAAAGCGGGAGCCCGCCGAGCCGCAGGAGCCACACCAGCCCACCUACCUGCGCUUCAUCAGGUCCUUGGGCGAGAAGACCUCCUCCGUGACCACCGACUCCACGGUCACCACGGCUCCAUACGCUUUCACUCGAGUCACUGGGCCUUACAACAGGUACAUCUGAGGGUGGCCUGGGCUGCAGGCUCACGGGGACACGGUGGGGUCGGGGCUCGGUGUUCACAGUGAGCCUCCCUCUCCCACAGGGAGAGUGCUCAUCCUUCGGAAGCACUUAGGUCCACUGACCCACCUACAGGUGGCAUCGAGAAAAAGACCAAAGCAUUCUAUGCAAAAAGGAAAAAAAAAAAACAACAACGGGGGGGUGGGGGGAUGUUCCACAACUCACAUUCUUAAACACUGGUUCUGUUAUCGGGCAAGAUGCUGAUGUAAAUGUGAUUCCUUCCCCGCACACACAACUCUAUACAUCUGUGACCACUUUUAAUAAUACCAAGUUUGGGUAGUCACAGAACACAAAUCAAGUACUGUCGUAUUACAGUUGCAGGAAUCUUAAAAAGACCAUCUGGUGCUGAAUCUAUGAUGUACUGAAAUACUGGAAUUAUGGUUUCUAACAUGCAGUUUUUACUGUAAUCUUAAUAUUAACUUUUAUUUAUCAAAAUAGCUACAGGAAGCAUACAUGAAUAGCAACAAAACACUGAAUUUGUUUGGGUGUUCUACGAAAUGGUGCUAAGAAAAUGGUGUCUUUCAUAGCUAAAAAUAUAAUGCCUUUUUUAUGAUGGAGAUGCUACCAAUGUACUCCAGUACCCCAGAAGGAAAGGGGUGCCUUUUCACCCAAGUUUUUAUCCUAAAUUACCUGUUCUUCUAGGAGUUUAGUUUUUAAAAUGUGGACAUUUUAAAAGCUUCUGAGUUUUGUUCAUCCGGUGGUGUCCUGUAGGACGAUAAAUGCAUAGAUGUACAUCUACACAGCCCCUUAGGAGAUGUACACAUGUAGGUAUAUAUAAAUAUUUUAAAUAGUGUUUUAGAAGCACUUUGCCUACCUAAGCUUUGGCAACUUGAACAAUGCUAAGGUACUGAGACGUUUAAAAACAGAAGUUUACUUUCAUUUGAAGAUGAAAAUUUUUAUUUCUAAAGGAAACAAAGCUUUUCAACCAUUUUUGCUUUUGGCCACACAUCCGGUGAUGAGCAGUAGUGUUCAUUAUGAACACAGCCAGUGAAAUCUGAAAUGAGGUGGACAGGAUUCAAGGGAAUGUGUCAGUCCACAAAAUGUGCUUUCUGGUGCUCACCUCACGUGCUAUACUGUAAAACAGUUUUCUACAACAUUGUGAGACAAGUUCGUUGCUCAGACAUGUCAUGACUCUCUAAGAACUGCUGUUAGACACAGGUCGCAGUGAGCCGCAUGCUCCCCUUGGCAGAGCCUGUCCGCUCCAGCCCAGGCUGGGCAGGGUUCUGUACGCUGCUCAGAAGCUGAAUGGCAUUCGCCGUUGUGUUGAUAGCUCUUUACCUUGGGACAGCAUCAUGUCUUAGCUUCAGUGUCCUCCUUAGCAGGCAAAUUGGGUGGACUGAUUCCAGCAAAAGAUGAAUGAACAGGGUUAGUUCUGUGUGUGUCUGUUGGUGAAAAAGAAAUAAAUAAAAUAAAACAGGCAGCUGGUUUGCUGUAGUGGUUUUAAAUCAUUAAUUUGUAUAAAGAAGUGCAAGAGUUGUAUAGUAAAUUAAAUUGUAAACAAACUUUUUUAACGCAAUGCUUUAGUAUUUUAGUACUGUAAAAUAAUUAAAUAUAUACAUAUAUAUGGAAUUGAAUUCGAACUCACAUCACGAUGGUGCUACUCAGCCUGCUACAGUUAUAUCAUAAUGUGAGCAGAAAAUUCAUGAAAGGGUUGAGUGAUAUUUCCACUUGCCAUAUACCUCAACACUAGUUUGGCAAUAGGAUUUUGAACUGAGAUUGAAAGCUUAUAGCGUUGUGUACCAUCAUUUUUUUUUCCAAGUCUUUUUAUAAUUAUUAAAAAAAAUACCUUUUUUUCAGUACUUGAUUUUUUUCGCAAGUAUAACUUGAACUUCGACCUUUUUGUUCUAAAAAAUCAGGGCUAUUUCAACUCCCCUUAUGCCAACAUGUCACCUGUGUUUGUGUAAUACUAUCUUAGGUUAAUAAAUACAUUCUUUUUCAGGGAUUUAACCCUUUUAUUUUGAAUCCCUCCUAUUUUACUUGUACAUGUACUGAUGUAAGUAAGACUAAUUUUUGUAAAUCUGUUGGUUGUUAUUGUAAAGAAGUGUGGAAACUCUUUUGACUAUUUCAAGGAGGAAAAAUAUUACAUGAAAAUAGAAUGCACUGAGCUGAUAAAGGGAAACUUGUAAGCUAGGAGUUUGGGAAGUAGCUGUUGGCCAGAGUAUCGAACUCUCCAUAAAGCCCACUCUGACCAGAUAGGCAGUACAGGCAAAUACUUCACAAGGACUUCCGUAAUGGGCCUGACAGCAAGGCACGGUGUCCAGUCAGACUGUACUAAGUACAUUUUUGCUUACUAGCUUUUCACAUAAAUUCUUAAUCAGUGAAAACUCUUGGGUUUUGUUGGUUAAAUCUUUAUAAUCAUUGUAGACUUUGUGGAGGUUUUAUUGGUCAAAUCUUUAAAUCAGUGGAGACCUUUCAUUUCUGUCGGUCAAAUCUUUAUAAGAUGGUUUUUGUCUUUUAAAAAGCGCUCAAGUUUUUGGCUGUGUCCAAUUCAUAAGCAUUUUAAGCCAUUUGCUUUGCAUCCGGAUCUCACAGCUGCGCUGUUUUCCGUAAUCCAGUGCUCUCUGCGCGUGCGUUUGUGAUGGAGAGUCAGCUGCCCAAUGAAUAUUUGGUGACUAUGUCAUCCACUGUCAUUUUCAAACUGCUGGCCAACAAGAGCAGGAAGUGUAGCUUGGGUAGGUUAGAGAGGAGGAGAGGAAGCUGAGUGUCGGAUUGUAUGUACCAGACCCGUAACUGUACAUACUUCACCUGCCUCAGUUAGAAUGAAUCGAAAGCCCACCUACAGUUUGCUGAUACAGGCUGACUCCAUGGCCACACCUGACCAUGCUUUGGUGGUGGCAGCUUUACUUGAAUGAAUUUUUCAUCUUGAUUGACGCACAGUGACACAUAGUUCACUUCUAAAAGCUAGUGGGCUAACUUUGGUAGGAAAUGUUUGCAUUUGGACACUAAAAUAAUGAACUUCUGGGUGCAUUUUUCUAUGCUUAUUUUUUUUUUUUAACUUAGUCUCAUUUCAUUUUCAUGAGAUGUUUGGUUUGUUUGUAAAAUCUGAUGGUGGUUAUAAAUACUGUAAAGUAUUAUAAUGUUAUGAAUGCAGGUUAUUUGAAAGCUGUUUAUUAUAUCAUUCCUGAUAACGCUAUGUGAGUGUUUUUAAUAAA